AUGAUAGGCAACACCAUCAUCCAGGGACUGGCGAACAGCCUUGACACGCUGGCAGGCCAAGCCUACGGGUCAGGCAACAAGUACUUGGUUGGCAUCCACACGCAGCGCAUGGUCUACUUCAUCCUGCUCUGCACUGCGCCGCUCAUGGCGCUGUGGUGGAAGGCCGACGCCAUGCUUGCGCUUAUCCUCCCGGAGCGUGAGUUGGCAGACUUGACCGGCCUCUACCUGAAGAUCAUGAUCCUUCGCGUCCCGGCCUUUGUUCUCUUCGAGUGCGGGAAGCGGUACGCCCAGGCCCAGGGCAUCUUCAACGCCGCGACCUACGUCCUCCUGCUUAUCGCGCCGUUGAAUGCCUGCAUCAUGUGGGCCUUGACCUGGCAUCUCGGCUGGGGCUUCAUCGGGGGACCAGUCGCCAUCGUUGUUACGGAGAAUCUGAUGGCCGUGCUGCUGUUCCUCUACCUGUGGCUGAUAGACGGGUAUCAGUGCUGGGGAGGCUUCUCGAAAAAGGCUCUUUCGAAUUGGAAGCCAAUGAUGCGGUUGGCAAUACCAGGCAUGGUCAUGCACGUGGCUGAAUUCGCUGCCGAUGAAAUCCUCACCAUCGCGUGCGCCCAGUUUGGCGCGGCGCAGCUCGCCGCCCAAAGUGCUUUGGUGACCCUGACACAAAUCGUCUGGACAGUGCCCCUCGCAUUAUCGAUCGCUGCUUCCAUCCGUGUUGCCAAUUUUAUUGGCGCCAAGGCAACUGACGCGGCGACGAUGGCGGCAGUGGUGGCUGUUGUGCUUGGGCUCAUUUUCACCGCGUUGAGCACCGUCCUCACGGCUGCGCUGCGGUACCACCUUCCGUACCUGUUCACCGAUGACGCGGAAGUCGUCGGCAUCAUCACCAAAGCGCUGCCUAUCGUCAUGGUCAUGCAGUGCUUCGACGCCAUCUCGGCCAUCUCUCACGGCCUGAUGAGAGGCAUCGGUUACCAGGAAUUUGGCGGCUACCUCAACCUGGUCGCGUACAAUCUGAUUGCGAUCCCCAUCUCCUUCAGCACCGCCUUUCUUCUCCACUGGCAGAUCUACGGGCUCUGGACUGGCAUCACAGUUGGCUUGGGCAUUGUAAGUGUGGUCGAGUUCUGGUGGCUGUAUCGCUGGGACUGGAACGAUGCGGUUGCAGAUGCUGAACGCAGGAACGAGCGGGAUUGA